GACAACAGACGCCGUUCCUCCGACGUGCUGUCCAGGUGUUCGCUGUAUGAUAUUGCAGCGACCUGCUCCUCCGGUUGUUUUUCUCUUUAUAUCGGUUUUAAUCUGCCAAGAAAAAUGGCCUCAAAGGCGAUGUGCUUCGUCGCCGAGGCCGGUUGUCAGUCGGACGUCUGAAAAUGUCCCCGCACUCAUUAUCUCUCUCUCUCUCGGUCUCUCGGAGGAUGAAGCGGGAACAGUUAAAACAUGAAGACUUGACACGGGGAUGAGAAUUUGAGCUGUGUGUUUAUACCUCGAAGGGAGGAGAGGAGGAGGAGGAGGAGGAGGAGGAAGAAGAAGCUAGCGGGUAAGCUAGAAAGCUAGCCAGCUACCCGGCCGGCUCGGAUACCGGAUUUGGUGCGGCCAUGGCCGGACUCAUCAAGAAACAGAUCCUGAAGCAUCUCUCCAGGUUUGCUAAGAACCUGUCGCCAGACAAGAUCAACCUGAGCACGCUGAAGGGGGAGGGCCAGCUGACCAACCUGGAGCUGGAUGAAGAGGUUCUCCAGAGCCUGCUGGACCUUCCCACCUGGCUGGCCAUCAACCGUGUGUGCUGCAACAAGGCCGCCAUCAGGAUACCAUGGACAAAGUUGAAGACUCACCCCAUUUCUUUGACCCUGGAUAAAGUGGAGAUGGAGAUGAGUACCUGUGAUGAGCCCCGUCCCCCCAAUGGCCCAUCUCCCAUAGCAACAGCAUCAGGACAAAGUGAAUAUGGCUUUGCUGAGAAGGUGGUAGAGGGAAUGUCACUAUCCAUAAACUCCAUCGUCGUCAGGAUCAGUGCUAAAGCCUUUAACGCCUCCUUUGAGCUCUCCCAGCUGCAGGUCUACAGCGUCAACACCAGCUGGAGCAUCAGUGAUCUGCGAUUCACCCGCAUCCAGGACCCUCAGAGGGGAGAGAUCCUGACGUUCAAGGAGAUCAGCUGGCAGAUGAUCCGUAUCGAGGCUGACGCCAUCCAAAGCGCAGAGCAUGAGAUGUUGAGCGCCCCCAUUCGCCUCAUCACCAACCAGUCAAAGAUCCGAGUCACUCUCAAGAGACGGAUUAAGGACUGUAACGUGGUGGCCUCCAAGCUGAUUCUGAUCCUGGACGACCUGCUCUGGGUGUUGACCGACUCCCAGCUCAAAGCCAUGGUGCAGUAUGCCAAGUCUCUAAGCGAGGCCAUGGAGAAGUCCGCACAGCAGAGGAAGAGCAUGGCCACGGAAGACCAGGUGUCAUCAGCGCCCCCCACAGCCCAGCAGGUGCGCACCCAGCAGGCGUCCACAGCAGCUGACCAGGGUGCAACCAUGGCCAAGCUGUUCAGCGCCUACGACGUAUGUGAGACAUCCCACCACCUGCAGAUCACGCACCUGGACCUGCACAUCUGUGACGACAUCCACGCUAAGGACAAAGUGAUCAAUAAGAGGAUAACGGGUGGAGCCAUGCAGCUUUCCUUCAGCUCCAUUACUCUGGACUACUACCCUUUCCAUAGAGCAGGUGACAGUUGUGCUCACUGGAUGCACUACAGCGAAGCCACCAAGACCAGGGAGGGCUGGGCACGGAGUUUACUCGAUGAGUUCAAGUCCAACGUGGAAAUGUUAAAGACUGCAGUUCGAGACCAGCAAGGUCCCGCCCCUGUGCACAGUUCCCCACAACAUGGUAAGAUAAACACCUCAUCCAGUGCUGCCUUCAGUCCUCCUCCCACUCAAAGCCCCAAGACCCAGCUCAUGUCCAGCUCUGUUGUUCUCAGGAUGGCUGACUUCAGCAUCUACCAGGUGUCAACAGCCGACCAGCGUCGCUCCAGCCCCAAGACCAUGAUCUCCUGCAAUAAGAAGUCCUUGUACCUUCCCCCAGAGAUGCCAGCCAUUCAUGUGGAGUUCACAGAGUAUUACUUCCCUGAUGGAAAAGACUAUCCCAUCCCGUGUCCUAACCUGUACGUCCAGCUGAACGCCCUACAGCUGGUUCUGGAUCCUCGCAGCCUGGUGUGGAUCAAUCUUUUUGCCCUUGACCUCAGGCAGAGUCUAGAGCAAUUCAUGGAGAUCUACAAGCUCAGCGACUCGCAGAAACCCGACGAGCAUGUUGACAUCAAGGUUGACGGCCUAAUGCUCAAGCUGGUGAUUCCCACAGAUCGGGAGGCCUCCUGCCCUCCAGAUCUGCCUCGCUCCAUCUCAGUGCAGACUUCAGAAAUGGUGGCGACGAACACCCGGCACCCGGCUAACUGCACCCGCUCCCAUCUUGAGGCCCUGAUACAGGCCUUUGAAGAGGAGCCCUUCUUCUCUCCCACUUUCUCCUCAUUCCCUCGCUCCUCCUCCUCCUUACCCCUCCUCCAUCCCGUCUUCCAGCGCCAUGCUCACGAACAAGAUACCAAGCUCCAUGACAUCUACCGGGGCCUGGUGGUGCCGACGUUGGGCACAGACUCCCUCAAGAUGCCGGCCGCCGCCGACUUUUGGGCGUUGCACUUUGCUCAGUUCUGGGUGGACUAUGAGGGAACCCGUGGAGGCAAGGGGCGGCCGCAGCCCUUUGUAGACUCCUUCCCGCUCACCGUGUGGGCGUGCCAGCCUGCGAAGAUUGUCCAGCACCAGGAGAGGCUUAGAUGUGCUGCUGGAUCAAGUUUGUCCAGGAGCACAUCUGGAGAGGCUGUUGCACGUCUACAGAGGAAACGUUUACUAAAGGAGUAUUACAGUACUGAGGGUGCAACUCACGGCAAUGAUACAACACCGCCACCCAGUAACGGACUCCAUAAACCCCUCUCGAUGGACAGUCUGCCUUCCUCCUCUUCUUUGUCGUCAUCAAGUAAAAAUGCAGGUGUGCAUGUAUUGGUGCACGUUCAGAAGCAUUUAAGUGCUCAGGUGAGCCACCGGCAGUAUGUGUUUCUGAUGCAUCUUCAGCGCAGCAUCAAAUCCUUGCAGCAAACACUACAGCAGGAUCUGGAAAAGAUGUGCUCCAAGAAGGACCGCAAGGAUCCUUCUCAGCAUCCUGCAGACCACCAGCCCUUCACCGUCUGCCUGGGUCUUCUGCUGAAAAGUGCAGAGGUGUCCCUGCUCCUGAAGCCAGUCCCCCAGCCCGAGGGUUCGCGCUCUCCUCUGGGGUCCGAGCUCUCCCCCUCUGAGAGCCGAGGAACUCUGGAGCCUGGGAGCGAUGCAGGAGAUGGGGCGGAGAAGGGGAGUGAAGGAGCUGGAUCUGGGUCUGAAGGAGGAGCAGCCAAAGGGGGAUGCACGGUAGACCAACUGUUAUGUGGCGAAGGCUCGGAGGGUGGACCCACGCAUGGUCCUGCCCCUCUCCUCCCCACUUCCUCUUCAACUACACGUCCUGACUCAAAUCACAAAUCCUCACUGGAGGAGAGGACUUCAGCUAAGAACUCUGGGAAGUGGAGUUCAGAUGACAGGGGUGAGGCGGGAGUGGAUGGGUUGGCUGGGGGUGAAGAAGUAGGAGCUGGACUAGACACUAAAACCCAGAUGAGUGACCCUGUAUCUGACCCACUAAGCAGCAAAGACUGGAGCGACAAAGACUCAGCUGCAGCCUCCAAGAUGCCUCAGUCAAUAUCCAGGAAAGGAAGUUUGUCUGUGGUUUCUGAUCUCCUCAGCUCCUCAAACUCCAGCAGAUCCACCUCCCUUUAUUCCAUGUCCAACAUUGGUCGUUUGAUGCGGGACCGCUCCCAGUCCAGUUUCUCUGUGUCCUAUAAGAACAUGAAGAAGAGUCCGUCCCUGCAGUCGCUGGACAACAUCUCCAUAGACAGUUACUUGAUGGAGGACGGAGACACAUACAGUCUGCUGGAGAGAGAUGACGUGUCCAUCUCAGGCUUCAAGGACGCCAUCAGCGAACAGAGUGCCACUGAGAGCGCCGCCGAGGCAGUGAUCGGUCAGGAGCAGGAGGGAGGCGUGUCCCCCGACACUGUCAGCGCAACCUCCCAGAGCACCGACGAUCCCACCAAAGAUAUAGUGUCGGUGCUGAUGUUGAAGGUGCAGUCGGUGUGUGUGGGCAUGGAGGCGGAGGGCGAGAGCACGGCUGUGGCUCUGGAGGUGGGCCAGGUCACACCCAGCCAGCUGGGCAAUGUCAGCCUCAGGCAGUACCUCAGCAACCGCAGCCUGGGUAUGGUGUGUUCAGUACCAAUACCUGCUCAAAGCAGCCAAGCUGGUGGCGAGAUCAGCUCUGCGUCUGUCAAGGGCCUUCACAGUCCAGAGGUGCAGGCUCGCCUGGAGAGCGGGCCCUGUGCCGCCGCUCACUCCCCGCUGGCCGAGCGCAACGGCUUCUUACAGCUGCGUCUCCAUGGAUACCAGGCAAGCUUCUUGAUGUCCACGAUGCGUAACCUGGCCCACUUCAUGGAGGACGACUCUGCGCCGCAGGUGCUUCCGAUGGAGAUCAGCAUCAGAGACACGCACAUCAACUUAAAGGACGACGGUCCCCGGGACAAUCCCUCCGACUCCGAGCCCUCCCCAAUCACCCUGCAUGUGGACAGUCUCAUCAUACACAGAGGAGACGACGGCUCCUUCUCUAUAGGAGUGGACACGGCAGCGGAGACCAAACCCGGGAAAGAGGGCGAGUUGAUUGGCAGCACUCUGAGCCCGGUCCCUGAGGUUGUGGGCGCCGUCUGCAGUGUACCAAAGGCUACACAGACCCAAGCCCCGCCCACCAGCCCUCCUCCAUCCACCAGAGAAAAGAUGCUGGUGGAGGAAAACGAAUGUUUGAAAGUGGAGCUGUCUCGAGCCAAGAUGGCGCUGGCCGAGGCUCAGAUGGAGAAGGACUCGCUGCUGCACCGCAUGAAGAACCUCAAAGUCAACACCAGCUAGACUCGGCUCUCUCUCUCUCUUUCUCUUCACACCCAGCCAGUCAAGUCAUUCAGCCCCCCCACUGGUCUGCAGUCAUAAGGCCUGAGGGUCGAGGGUCAGCAACUUAAUUAAAGGCAACAUCAACAAGUGAAGGAAAAAAAGGGGGGAGGCAUUUCUCGAUUAAAACUGCUCCCUUUACACGCUUAUUUGUUGAGUGAGCCACCACGUGAUUAUAGACUUCAAAAUAAUUCCUUCAUAAAGCAAUGCAGAGUCUGUGGAGACUCAAAAAUACAUGUUUUUACACGCUUGUCGUCUGUUUUAUGUUCUCCACUUUGGACUGUGGAGGCUCGAUUAUAUUCGGAGAGGGUUGAAAAGGGAGAAGUGACAUUUAGUGAGACUUAAAGUGUGUGUGUGUGUGUUUGUGUGAAAGAAAGAGGAUGAGGAUCUAUAUACAUGGUUGUGCCUACAGAACAGCCUUCCUACACUAUAACUGUUGUGUAAGUUGAAACAAAAAAAUAAAGAAAUCACAGCUAAUCUUAGACGAGCUUCAUUCAACCCUGUAGGUAUAAAGGAAAACUGAAUGUCUGUAUCUUCAGAGGAAUGUCUUAAAAAAAAAAAAAAGACUUAUUUUGCACUGCACUGAAAUCAAACUUGUAAUUUAGUGCUUUCAUAUUCGGGGCGAGGAUGAGACAAAUCAUUCUCUCACUCGUCCUCGCGAGUGUGUACAGUGUAUAUUGUAUAAGAAUGUGAGCACAUGACUAUUUUCUUCAGAACACUGAAUGGUUAUGCAGUGUUUCAGUUGAAUGUGUGUGUGUGUGUGUGUGUGUUUGUCUCAGUCAGAACAAGCAUUUCAUUACAAGUAGAGGAUAAAUUUAUAUCUGUCAGUUCCACGGCUUUGUCAGCAAAAUGCCCCACAGUAAUGUCUGUAACCCCGCCCGCCCGCCUCCCCUUCCUCCUAUUUUUCUAUGUGUAAAUAGCUACUUAACAUGUGCAGCACUUUUAAAACUGAGGCACUGUAAAUUUAACAAUUAGAACUGUGAGCGAACAAGCUGACAAGUGGAGAGAGGGCGGAUUUAGAAAAGUAUCUCAUGUGUGCUCUCUUCUGGAAAAGAGGAGUAGGAAAAUAAAGGCACAUUAAUGCUGCCUGACUACAUAUAUAUAAAUGUGUGUGUGUGCGCGUGUGUGUGUGUGUGCGCGUGUCUUUAUGUAAAUUUCUAAUCUGCCAUGUGUCAUUUUUUUUCAUGGACACGCGUUGAACGUCUCUGCUGCUGAUCCAUGCUUUCAUGCCUGUGUGACGAGUUCAGGGGGAAAACUCCCUCCUGAGUAGAUGUUUAAAAACGACUAAAAAAUGACUGACUUUUCUAACAGCACAUGCUUUGGCACAGCACAAAAAAGACUAUAAAAGGACAGUUUGAGGUCUCAAAAAGUUGCUCUCACUCUUCACAGUGGAUUCAAGUACAUCCAUCAGUCUACAUAUGCAACUGUCAUAAUAACCUGUACUUUGCCCGGUUCAUUUCAGUUUGAAGAUUUUAAAAAAAAUGUUAUGGUUCGUGUAAAAGAAGUGAAACACAUGUAGUUCUCUGCACAAACGUGGUGUCAAGACUUGAAAAUGUCAGAGGUAGGAUUUUAACACGAUUGUAUGUUUUUCUUUUUCCUCUAUGUUUUUCCUCCAUUCAUCACAGCCGCCCUUCUUCCUCCUCCUCCUGUUUCUGGGAAACUCUGAAACCCUGUGGAGGAAGAAAAGACACAAAAAGUAAUAAGUUGUAUUUUGUCUGUCAAAGCUGCUGAAAUACUGAUGAAAAUAAAAGGGUAUCCAAUUUA